GUGACCCAGCCUCAGAGUGUGAGCUGAGCCGCUCGGGUUAUUUUGGGUGUCAGCUGCCGUUCCGCCCGUCAGCAGGAUCCUCCUCCUCCACCUCCUCUCCUUCCUCUGCCUCUCUCUGUCUCUUCUUCAACUCCUCUCCUUCACUUCACUGAUCCUGUCCCAAAACAUUCAGGAUGGAGACGUCGGUGAAAGCAGCUGAGGUGAUGGUGCCCCAGCCUGAUGUGGCGGACGCCGUGAACGCUGAAGGUAAUGCGGCGGCGGCGGCUCCAGCUGCAGCCUGUGGCUCCUCCUCCGACUUUUUCGACCCCAUGGAGGAGUUCAGCAGACGGCUGGAGGACAUCAUCAGCACCCACGGCUCCGCAGCCAGCCUCCCGGACAAACAGAGAGUCGUGGAGGCCGAGACGGAGAAGGAGGAAGAUGACAUCACAGUUACCAUGGAGACAGAGGUCUCUCUCAUCAUGCAGAGUCUGAACAAGAUCUCUUCUCCAGAGAAGAAACUGGAAGAUUUGGUCAAGAAACAUGCUGAGCUGGCAGCCUUGCGGCGCUGUGAUGAGAAGAAGCUGUGUGAUCUGCAGCAGAGGUUGUCCUCCGUGCUGGAUGAGCGGCAGCAGCUGCAGGCUGAGAGCCGCAGCAGCAUCGCAGCUCGCAGCAAACUGGAGAGUCUGUGCAGAGAGCUGCAGGGACACUACAACAUACUGAGGGAGGAGACCAUUCAGCGCUGCAGGGAGGAUGAGGAGAAGAGGAAGGAGAUGACCAGCCACUUCCAGAUGAUGCUGACAGAAAUCCAGGCCCAGAUCGAGCAGCACAGCGCCCGAAACGACAAGCUGUGCCACGAAAACAGCAACCUGACCGACAAACUGGAGAGUCUCAUGAACCAGUGCGAGAUGCGGGAGGAGAGUUUGGAGAAGAUCAACCAGCGGCGCGACCUGCAGCACAAACUGACUGAAGCCAAACUGCAGCAGGCCAACGCUCUGCUGAACGAAGCCGAGGAGAAGCACAAGAGAGAGAAAGAAUAUUUACUGGUUCAGGCUGCAGAGUGGAAACUGCAGGCUCAGACACUCAGAGAGCAGGGGACUGUCAUGCAAGCGCAGCUGGCCCUCUACGCUCAGAAGUUUGAUGAGUUUCAGGCGACACUGGCCAAGAGCAACGAAAUCUACGUCCGCUUCAAAAAGGAGAUGGAUAAUAUGUCAGACAAGAUGAAGAAAAUGGAGAAAGAGUCAAAUCUGUGGAAGACGAGGUUUGAGAACUGCAACAAAGCUCUGACUGACAUGAUUGAAGAGAGAGGUGAGAAAGCCAAAGAGUACGACCUGUUCGUCCUGAAGAUCCAGAAGCUGGAGAAGCUGUGUCGUGCCCUACAGGAAGAGAGGGCAGUCCUCUAUGACAAGAUCAAGGAAGUCCGCCAAGCAAACUCCAACCUCCCAUCAAAGUACUUCGGCAGCUCUACACCCGACGCCAUCCCUGACAGUGAGGGUGCUGACAAAACUGCCCUGCUCACCACUGUGGAGAUCCAGGAGAUCCAGGAGGAAGACCCAGUAUUAACGGAGGGGAUGACCCGCCUGAAGGAGGAGCAGGCCAAGCUGCAGGAGUUUGCCGCCUCCCUGUUGGCCACACCCAGCGACGACGAUCAAGAGGACAACGGUGAUUUAGACCCUGAAGAAGACCUGGUGGCUUCUGCGUUUGACCAGUUUAAAACCCAAACUCAGGUCAGAAAGGAGGUGGUUUCAGUCCCUGAGCAGACGGUAGAUGUAAAAUCAGAGGCAGCAGAAUCAGUUCUCCCACAGCCAGCAGUGUCCACGCCUGAAGCCCCAACACCUGUGCAGAACACUUCUGAAGCUGAUGGAAAACCAGAAGCAGAAAAGGUUCAAACCCCGGUCAAGGAGAAAGAGGUGCAACCUGUUAAACUAGAGGAUGAGAUCCAGCACCAACCAGAAGCUCCAACACCUGUGCAGAACACUUCUGAAACAGAAGCAAAAGUUCAAACCCAGGUCAAAGAGGUGCAACCCGUUAAACUAGAGGAUGAGAUCCAGCAGGAACCAGAAGCUCCAACACCUGUGCAGAACACUUCUGCAACAGAAGCAAAAGUUCAAACCCAGGUCAAAGAGGUGCAACCUGUUAAACUAGAGGAGGAGAUCCAGCAGGAACCAGAAGCUCCAACACCUGUGCAGAACACUUCUGCAACAGAAGCAAAAGUUCAAACCCAGGUCAAAGAGGUGCAACCUGUUAAACUAGAGGAGGAGAUCCAGCAGGAACCUGCUGAACCAGUUCCAACAACAGAGCCUGAGAAAGUCCAGAUUAAUCCACCAACAGACCCGAAACCAGAGGCUGGUGAGGUCAAACCAGUGGUGCCAGUGGGAGACGAGGAGGUCCAGGCUGAAUCAGCGCAAGUUCCAGAAGAGAAACCAAAGACAGCUUCACCCACUGAAAACUCUGAUGCCGACUCUCCAAGAAGCAAACGCUGAAGAAAAAGAAGAAGAGGAACGGCAAGAAUGCUAGCUAAGGUUUCGGACGUGCGGAAGGUGUGUGUGGUGUUAUUUGGGAAUAGUGUGCGUGUGUGUGUAGCUGAAAUCACACUGUGCCUUUGUUCCUUUCGUAAAGGUUAAAAUCUUUAGUUUGUCCCAACUGGUGCAGCUGAGGUGUUUUAUCAAGACUGAGGACGGACGAUUAAAACCAACUGUAUUUUACACUUUGAACGUCUAAAUGAGCAACGUUUGACCUGGUAGAAGGAAUGAAAGGAUGAAGACGAAGUCUAAAUCACUGAGAGAUAAAACAAGGUUUUUCUGCCAACACAAAACAAGUGGUUGGUAUCCAUGCCAGUAAAAUAGCAGUGUCUCCUUUAAACUCCAAUAAAUGGAUUUUUUUGUGACAAUUUUAAAA